AUGAGACACGGCGCCGGAGCGGUGCCACUGCUGCUCAACAUGUACCUGCCAGAUCCAGUCGGGGAAACUUUGUUCAAAGACGGGAAGAGCCAGGCGUGGGGGUCUCUCAGCCCCGGCGUGCAGAAAGGCAGCGGGCAGAUCCAGCUGUGGCAGUUCCUGCUGGAGCUGCUCUCAGACCGGGCCAACCUGAACUGCAUCGCCUGGGAAGGCACGAACGGGGAGUUCAAGCUGAUCGACCCCGACGAGGUGGCGCGGCGCUGGGGCGAGCGGAAGAGCAAACCCAACAUGAAUUACGACAAGCUGAGCCGGGCGCUGCGCUACUACUACGACAAGAACAUCAUGACCAAGGUCCACGGCAAGCGCUACGCCUACAAGUUCGACUUUCACGGGCUGGCGCAGGUGUGCCAGCCUGCCACCCCCGAUCACACCCUCUACAAAUUCCAGGGCAACCUGGCCCCGCUGCCCUUCUCGGGCAUCUCCAAACUCAACCUCAUGACCUCGGGGGUGACGCCAGCCGGCUUCUCCUACUGGCCUGGCUCCAGCCCGUCCCUCUACCCCGGGCAUGGGCUCCAGCCCUCUGCCCCGUUCAGCGCCAUGGCAGCCUCCCACCUCAACAACAUGAACAACCAUUACCAUUAGAGGCUCGGCCGCGCCAGGCAGACCUCCCCGUCCCUGGCAGCGUGGGGCUGUGG